AUGGUACUUUUUGCUAAACUUCUCGUUCUGGCAUUGACUGCUGCUGCCACACCUAUCCUCCGCCGCGAUGCCGCUACGGUUGAGAAUGAUAUAACGCAACAAAUCGGCCCGCAAAUUGCAACCCUUAACAGCGACGUCAAUGGUUUCCCUGCUAGUGGUUCAACCGGAGCAGAAAAUAUUAACAGCGAUUUUGGGAAUCUUAUUGUUGUCAUAAAUCAUGCAAUUAGCGAUAUCAAAGCAGCCGGGUCCUUCGGCACUUUAUCUGGAACCUCUAUUCUUGCCGCUGUCCAAGAGCUGCUCCCUUCGCUCUCGGAUACUUUGGUUGCUAUUGAAGCUCAAGAGCCUUCUUGGGCAGCUAUUCCAGGGGGCACCGCUCUGGUUCUGAAAGAUCUCCAAUCUCUUAACACGGUCUUCUACACUUUCGCCAACGCUUUGAUAGCAAGCGAGCCCAUUCUUCUAAAAGCCGCGGCUGUCGCAGUGCAAGCUCAGCUUUCCACUGAUUUCGACACAGCAAUAGCCGCCUACUCCGUCUAG